AGAAACAGAAAUAUUCAGCACAGGGAGAGUUAAACAUUGGUGAUUUGCAAGGUUUUCAUCAGAAGCAUCUUCCUUUUCUAUGACUCUUCAAGGGGAUGUGUACCCAUCUCUCUUAUCUUAGUGAAGCAGCUGGGCUACUGCUGCCAUAAAUCAGGAGUGAAACCAAGGGAUGGUGAUGGGUAAGACUUAUGGCAGGGCGGUGGUGGUGCCUGGUGAGAGGGAGCAGACCAGGUUAAAAUGAGGCGCUCUGACUCCCUGCGGGAAGGAGAGAUGGGGGACAUGAAGCCUGCAGUGCGGCUGCGACGGAACGGAUGGGGCAGUGCUGAUCCCUGUGGGGCAAAUCCUUGUUCUGGGGGUGGGAACCCUCACCCCAACAGCUCAACAUGGAGCAGCUGGGAGUUGGCAGCUGUAAUCAUCGCUGGCCUCCUCCUGCUCUACAUUCCACUGUGCUAUGAGAAUUUCCAUUUCCACGUGGCUCAUUUGUAUGCUCGCCUGGGGUACCCCAAUGCCCAGCACAUCCUGGGACAGAGGUAUUUACAAGGAACCGGAGUGGAAAAAAAUGAGGACAUGGCUAUGCACUGGUUCAGGCAGGCUGCGGGGCAGGGCCAUCCCCACUCCUCCUUCAACCUGGUGGUGGGGGCACUCAGAAACAUGACCAUGGCACUUGAAGAAGGGGAAGUGGAGAAACUUCUCAGUGUGGCAGCAGCCCAUGGGCUCCAGGAAGCUCAGCAACUUUUGGAAAACAUCCUCAAGAGCAGAAACCUUCCCUGAUUGACUGCUGCAACACCAGUGCUCGUCCAACCUUGCCAACUUAGCAACCCCACAUUCUCCUUGCUGAGUGUCUUUAGGCAUUUGAGUCAUUCAUUGAACGUUGCACUUGCUUUGUACUGGAUCUCCAUGGUCAGAUCUAUGGCAGUCAUGUGUUGCUGCACCUUCUCUUUUCGCUUCCUGACUCGCCACUUCUGAAGAGCAUGGAAAAGGUGAGGUGGAGGAGACAAAUAGCCUUCAGGGUUACACUGGCGAUGGGCAUAUGAAUGUUUUUGAAAAAACACCACUAUGUUUGUACCAACUUAUCUGCUAAUACUAAGUUCAGAUUAGAUCCCAGCGUUCACCUGGACUUGGUGUGGGGUUGCUGCACAUUUGUGCUACCUGUAUUUCAUGCUCUGCUUAGGCAUUGUGAUAACUAAUCGUGACUAAGCCUUUAUCACUUUAAAUCAGCGUGGCAUGCAUGCACGAUGCCAUUUGUAAUAGA